CCCCAGGGCAUAGUCGUAUAUCCUAGUUGUAGGUCAUUCUAGUUGUCCUAUGUGCUAUGCUGCCACAGCAUGCCUUGAUGAAUGGUGCAUACGUCCACACAGAAUCCGAAGUGGUGAACCCUGGACCAGGGAAGUGGAGCAUGCAAACUUAAUCACUCAGCCACGGGGCCAGACCCCUACCGUGGCCUUUUGCAACAGGGAGCACAUGUUGUGAGUCCUCUUCAGAUUUCAGACCUCUGCUUCUCCACUCUGUACUUCCGCAUGAGGGAUGAUUUGAAUCUUUCCCACCAUUACCUGGGCAGGCGGUGGGGCACUGCAAGGUUCCAUCUUACUGUCUGUCUGCCUAAAUACACCAUAACACACUUCCCAUUUUAUCACAACCUCCCCACGUUGGCACAGCAGCCUCUCUGAGCCUGUUCCUCCUAGGGUUCUAGUUGCAGGGACGAAGUAGGUCCUUGGUCCCUUCUCUUCUCAGAUUUUUAAACAUACUGGGAGAUUUUACAUGUGCCAUCACCAAAAAGAAGCAGAUCCCUCUCAGAGUUGCACAACUACAUCUAACAUCACUUCUGUAGUACUUACUUCCUGCCUUCUUUUCAGCACUUGGCUUUUUGGCGUUUUUCUGCAGGAAAACUGUCUUCAUCCGCCCUGAGGCUUUACAGCCAUGAUCAUUCACCAGUCUUUGGUGAUCUUCCAAGUCAAAGACUUUUGGAAUUGAAAACAAAACUAUUUCUCUCAAGGACCUAGCUCACAAAAUUGAAAGCCAAAUUUUGCAGACUCUGUUUUGAAACUCAAAGUAAAAAAUGGAUUCUUCUUCUGGGCUCAUUCCUACUGUCUCUCAGAAGCAGUGGAUGUCUCACGCAAUGGGUGGAAGUCAAUGAAGCAGCAAAGAUUUCAAGAAACUAAAAUUUCACAGUAUUAUCUCAUUAUUUUGUCACUAUCAUUUGGAUAUUGACUGAGCACAGGCUGAGGGUGGCAGAUUUAUGAGGUCAUAGCUGAGGUCACAGAAGAGUUGAAAAGAGCAAGGUUUACAGGGGGGCAGAUGAGAUGGGGCUGUUGUGAGAUGGGGCUUAAAGAUAAGAAAUUCUAGGGGGUAAGAGAUGGGGUGAAGUGUGUUUGGGGAGCCCAGUUGGGGCCUAGAGCUAUCUCCAUCUUCAGCUCCAGAGUCUGGUUUCUGUCCGGGGACAAAUGGCACAGCAUGUCUUCCAGGAUCAAGAAAGAAAAGCAAGAAGGACCUCCAGGCAGCAGGAAAGGGGGUAUGAGGGCUGGAAUCUCCUAUUCUGCCAUAUUGCUGACAUCACUCACCCAGUAUCUCAUCAGAUUUAUAUCAUCCUUUCUUUCCAGAAAAUCCAUUGAAGACAGAAUGAGACCAACGGAAGCACAGUUAACAAUCACUGAAACCCUGUGGGACCAGGUGCUAACAGCUUUUAGGGAUAUACAAAAGGAGCUGCAGGAAGAUGCUCGGAUUCGAGGCCUGUAUGUCUUCAGCUUGCCCAUAUGUUUUGGCCUCUUCCACUUUGACUGGCUAUACUGCAAACUAAGGAGGGCUCUUAGGGAAACAUUUCUAGACUCCUGGUAACAGAAGGACUUCUUGUGUUCU